AUGAAGGCCUACUGGUACGAUAAUCUCGAGGGCGACCAGCGCGAACCCCACGACUCCGGCCGUGCAGUCUCAGAAGAGAAACUCGCCUCUCUAGGCGUGCUAUACAAGCACUGUCCGACGAUCGAGGCAGUGGACACAAUCGCCGCGAGCCGGGGAUACCGCAACCGCGACGAGGUGUGCGUAUCGCCUCAGACGAUGGGCGCCGUGUACGAGGAGAAAGUCAAGUCCUUCUUCUCUGAGCAUCUGCAUGAAGACGAGGAGAUUAGGUAUAUCCUCGAUGGAGAGGGGUACUUUGAUGUGCGUGGAAAGGAGGACGAGUGGAUUCGCAUUGCGCUUGUGAAGGAUGAUAUGAUUAUUCUUCCGGCGGGGAUUUAUCAUCGGUUUACUACGAAUGAGCAGAAUUAUGUUAAGGCUAUGCGGCUUUUCCAGGAUGAGCCUAAGUGGACGCCGUUGAAUCGUGGUGCGGAUGUUGAUGGGAAUCCGCAUCGUAAGUCUUAUGUGGAGAAAUUUGUUGGGUCUACUGCCACUGCUUAA